AUGAACGGAGAAGCUGACUGCCCCACAGACCUGGAAAUGGCCGCCCCCAAAGGCCAAGACCGCUGGUCUCAGGAAGACAUGCUGACUUUGCUGGAAUGCAUGAAGAACAACCUUCCAUCCAACGACAGCUCCAAGUUCAAAACCACCGAGUCACAUAUGGACUGGGAAAAAGUAGCAUUUAAAGACUUUUCUGGAGAUAUGUGCAAGCUCAAAUGGGUGGAGAUUUCUAAUGAGGUGAGGAAGUUCCGUACGUUGACAGAAUUGAUCCUUGAUGCUCAGGAACACGUUAAAAAUCCUUACAAAGGCAAAAAACUCAAGAAACACCCGGACUUCCCAAAGAAGCCCCUGACCCCUUAUUUCCGCUUCUUCAUGGAGAAGCGGGCCAAGUAUGCGAAACUCCACCCUGAGAUGAGCAACCUGGACCUGACCAAGAUUUUGUCCAAGAAAUACAAGGAGCUGCCGGAGAAGAAGAAGAUGAAAUAUAUUCAGGACUUCCAGAGAGAAAAACAGGAGUUCGAGCGAAACCUGGCCCGGUUCAGGGAGGAUCACCCUGACCUAAUCCAGAAUGCCAAGAAGUCGGACAUCCCCGAGAAGCCCAAAACCCCCCAGCAGCUGUGGUACACCCAUGAGAAGAAGGUGUAUCUCAAAGUGCGGCCAGAUGCCACUACGAAGGAGGUGAAGGACUCCCUGGGGAAGCAGUGGUCUCAGCUCUCGGACAAAAAGAGGCUGAAAUGGAUUCAUAAGGCCCUGGAGCAGCGGAAGGAGUACGAGGGAGGCUCAGAGAAGCCCAAGCGGCCCGUCUCGGCCAUGUUCAUCUUCUCUGAAGAAAAGCGGCGGCAGCUGCAAGAGGAACGGCCCGAGCUCUCAGAGAGCGAGCUGACCCGGCUUCUGGCCCGCAUGUGGAACGACUUGUCGGAAAAGAAGAAGGCCAAGUACAAGGCCCGGGAGGCUGCGCUGAAGGCCCAGUCGGAGAGGAAGCCAGGCGGGGACCGCGAGGAACGGGGCAAGCUGCCUGAGUCGCCCAAGAGAGCUGAGGAGAUCUGGCAACAGAGCGUCAUCGGGGACUACCUGGCCCGCUUCAAGAAUGACCGGGUAAAGGCCUUGAAAGCCAUGGAGAUGACCUGGAACAACAUGGAGAAGAAGGAGAAACUGAUGUGGAUUAAGAAGGCAGCCGAAGACCAAAAGCGAUACGAGGUAACCAAUCCAAAAGGUGGUAUCUCCAGAGACCAGUCUUCCAAGCUGCAAAUCUGUGUAGAUUUCUGUGUGCCCUCUGGAAUAUCUGCCAGGCACCUCACCUCAAGACCCAAAAUGAUCGCCAACCAUCUGGUUAUUCAAUCUAGAAACUAG